AUUGCUCAUAUGAGCCAUCUAAUCAUUCUACUGCAUACAUCACGUAUGUAUUGAACUAAAUUCUGUUAAGAGUACCUCAAAUAAUAUUGUUGUUUUCAGUGUAUGGUAUGUAAGGUGUACACUAGAAAUUAUCUUCCCUAUGAUAUGAAUGUAGCAUUCUAAAAUGGCUGUCUGAAAACCAUAGUAACCUGUGUAAUCGAUCUAGUCCACUUCGUAUCUGUACAGCAAAUCCGCCAGUAUUUCCCUCUGUCAAGGCAGAAACUCUCUGUGUGUGAAUAUCAAGAUCGACAGAAACUUAUUGUGUUCUCCCAAGGACAUUAUCGUUCAUAUAACGUCCUUCAUUCUCCUGAAUCUGACGCAGACAUGCCGAUCACCGUGAAAGACUACACUUGGGAAGAGACUGAGACGUCUGUGUUCAUCACAGUCCCGCUCAAGGGCGUACAGGCGAGGAAGACAGAUAUAUUCUCCACAGACAAAUACAUCAAGGUGAACUACCCUCCCUACUUGUUUGAGGUUGACCUGUUCGCACCCGUGGUGGAUGAUAAAAGCACGGCUCAGGUGGGAAAUGGCACAGUCGUCUUCAAGCUUGUCAAGAAAGACCCCGGUAUCUGGACCCAGCUUGCAGCGUCUGAUGCUGGUGACAAGAAAGCUAUGAUAGAGAAGAGAGAGAAGGAGAUUGAGAAGGCGCAACAGAGAGCAGAAGAACAAAAGAAAGCUGCAGCAGAACGGAAGAGACAGGAACAGAAGUACGCACUUCGUGAGCAGAUGAGACUAGAGGAAGAGGAAAGGAGAAGGGUUGAAAAUGCAAAGAAAGCUGAGCGUGAGCAGGCGAUGACUGAGCUGGAAACUUGGAAACAGCAGCAAGUUCAGAGUGAAAUUAUUAAGAGGGAUGAGAAUCAAGUCAAGCCUGAGAAACUAGAGCGAAGAAAUGAGGUGGCUAAAGAGGAAGGGCAGAAGCUACCAGUCAGUGCACAUACAGCGCAAAAGAUUGAACCUGCCAAAAAAAAGGAGCAGACUGCUAAAAGUAAGUUGUCCAUGUUUGAUGAUGAUGAUGCCAACAUUCCAGCUAUCAGGUCCAAAGGGAAGAUUGAGGUUUCCUUUACACCAAGGGUCUUCCCAACCCCUGUGAGGGAAUCUAAGCUUCAUGAGGAGGAGGAGUGGCUGAAGAAGCAGACAGAAGCCAUGCGGGCUGCUGAGAUCGAUGAUCCAAACUUAAGUGAGGAAGAGAAAAAUCCCCUGUGGCUGAAGGAAAAGGGCGACGGAUUUUACAAGUCUGGGAACGUCCUUGCCGCCGUGAAUGCAUACUCACAAGCUAUCCGAAUGGACAGUAAGAUGCCAGCUCUCUAUUCCAAUAGAGCUGCCUGUCACCUGCAGAUCAGGAACUUUCACAAAGCUGCGCAGGACAGCUCUCGGGCACUGGAGCUGUUGACCCCUCCUGUACCUGCGAACGCAGCAGCCAGGUGUAAAGCCCACGUGAGGAGAGGCACGUCUCUCUGUCAGCUGGAGAUGUAUGUUGAAGGUUUGAUGGACUAUGAAGCAGCACUGAAAAUUGAUCCCAAGAAUGAGACUCUUGCACAAGAUGCUGAAAGAAUUCGGCAAAUCAUACAGGGUAGCACUGGCAAGAAUGACAAUGACGCAUUAGAAUCAUUAGAUUAGAGCAGAAACCGUUUGUUUGUUUGCUGACCCAUUUACGGGACCUGGUAUGAUUUGUAAGCCAAAAUUUCUGAUAUGUUUCCAACAAAUAGGUUUGAUUAAAAUUUUGAAUUUUUUUUACUCUGUAACACAUUCCAAAAUUGCAUCGGAUAGACUAGUAUUGAAUGGCAUGUUAAUGCAUUUAUUAGAAUGAUUUACAUAUUAAGGCCUUUUUUAUAUGAAUUCAUGUCAUGAAGUUGAAAAAUCAGUUCAUUUGUCAAAAUAAAUUUUUUCAGCCAGUAGCUGAAUUUUUAGCAUUUGUGGUAUGAUUUCGUGUUUUGUAUGAUCACUGUAUUUGUAAGAAGUGCAGGACCUGUCACCUUCACUCAUUGCUGAAAUACUUUUAGUAAAGUACUGUAGAUAGGUAGUAUCCAGAUUUCCUGACUGCCUUUGUCUAUUUGAGGUUUGCUUUUCUUGUCUGAACUUAAGUCUAGAGUAGAUUAUAGGUAAAUUUUCUAAACUAUAGAGUGAUAAACUGAUAAUGUCUCCCUCUUGUAUAACUUUUAUCAUUCAUAGAAUUGUACAUUCAUCCCUCAGAGUUAUUAUCAUUAAAGUUUCAACUUUGGCAACUUCCCAGUAGUAAGUAAAGUUCUUGUUCCAAUCAUCAAAAUACUGAACAGUACACAUGAGUGCAGUCUUGGUAUAUCACUAGCCAUGCAAAAAGUGUGGUUAAUGCUUUCUCUUAUCAAUUUCAAAUCAGUUGUAUGACAUCUUUGGGGACAGCAAAAGCUGUUCAAAUCAAACCCAAAGUUUAACUCCACUCUUCAAGCAGAUGUGAGGUCACAGUGGGGAGGAGAACUGUAACAUGUUCCAGAUAUUUCACUUCACUAGUUUUACUUUGUUUAACAUCAGGCCAUGUUGAUUGUAUGGAUAACAUCCUCUGGGAACCCCAAAACU